GAGCCCUCGGCCAAUGGGGGCGGGCGCCGUGCCGGGCGCGAAAACGGAGUGCGCCGAUUCGCUGCUGCGCGGGCGUUCCUCUCGGGCGGCCAAUGGGGUUGAUCGGCGGGAGGGGCGGCGCCGUUGCUGCCGGCGGGCGCCAUUGCUGCGGGUGAGGCGUGAGGAGUUGAGGGGUGGGGAAGCGGAGGGGAGGUCCGGAGCCAAGCGAGUUCCUUUCCGUUACGAGGUGAGGGCGGCGAUGGGUGCCGAGAUGGAACAGCCGGGAGAGGUGGUGGGCUCCGCCGGCGGCAGGGUGUACCUGGACCACAACGCCACCACCCCGCUGGCCCCGGAGGUCGCGCAGGCCGUGGACGAGGCGGCUCGUCGGGCCUGGGGCAACCCUAGCAGCUCCCACCCUGCAGGCAAGAAGGCCAAGGAGCUCAUCGAGAGCGCCCGGGAGAGCCUGGCGAGGCUGGUGGGGGGCCGGCCCGAGGACAUCAUCUUCACCUCGGGGGGCACGGAGGCUAACAACAUGGUCAUCCACACGGCCCUCAGGUACUUCCGAGAGAGCCAAGGGCAGGGCCGUGCCGUGCCGCACGUCGUGACAUCCAACGUGGAGCACGACUCCAUCCGCCUGCCGCUGGAGCAGCUGGUGAAGGAGAGCCUGGCAGAAACCACCUUUGUGCCGGUGUCCCCACGAAGCGGGCGGGCCGAAGUAGAUGAUGUUCUUGCGGCAGUGCGGCCCACCACCUGCCUAGUUACCAUCAUGUUGGCCAAUAAUGAGACAGGGGUCAUCAUGCCUGUUGCAGAGCUGAGUCAGCGCAUCCGUGCCUUCAACCAGAGGAGAGCGGCAGAGGGGCUGCCCAGGAUCCUGGUGCACACGGAUGCAGCACAGAUGAUUGGCAAGGGGCGUGUGGAUGUGCAGGAGCUGGGGGUGGAUUACCUCACUGUUGUGGGGCACAAGUUCUAUGGCCCACGGAUUGGCACACUGUAUGUGCGUGGUCCUGGCACCACCACCCCACUGCACCCCAUAUUCUUUGGAGGUGGGCAAGAAAGGAAUUUCCGACCAGGCACUGAGAACACCCCGAUGAUUGCUGGCCUUGGCAAGGCCGCAGAGCUGGUGAGCAGGAACUGGGAGGCCUAUGAGGCCCACAUGCGGGAUGUUCGGGACUACCUGGAGGCCAGGCUAGAGGCAUCCUUUGGGAAGAUGAGGAUCCACUUCAACAGCCAGUUUACAGGCUCCAAGCGACUCUGCAACACCUGCAAUGUCUCUAUCUUGGGCUCAGGCCUUCAAGGGCGCAGGGUGCUGUCUCACUGCAAGAUCCUUCUCGCCAGUGUUGGGGCUGCCUGCCACUCUGAGAAAGGAGAUCGGCCCUCCUCGAUUCUGCUGAGCUGUGGGAUCCCCUGCGACGUGGCGCAGAACGCCUUGCGGCUGAGUGUGGGGCGAGACACCACCCGCGCGGACGUGGACCUGGUUGUGCAGGACCUUGUGCAGGCUGUGGCACAGCUUGGCAAGGACCAAGCCUCAUAGGCCCCAGGAGUCACUCCUUGCCUUCACCCAGGUUCUUGGGUGGGCAGAGCUCCUGUUGCUGGCUCCACGUGCUCUGAAAAGAAGUGGCUGUUGCAGGUGCCCUGAAGUGUGCCAGGGCCCGAGGAAACGUGUCACCCCUGCGUGGCCAAGGCAGUUCUGACAUUAGGAGGACAUGGGUGUCAAAUGCAUUGGGAGUGCUGCAGCUGGGCUGACUGAUUUCUGGGAAACUGGUCUUCUGAUAUUCAUAGGAAUAAAAGUGAUUGCCACUGCUGUGGCAUUUUCUCAUGUAAAA